GGGGCGGGAGAAGGACGAAAUAAGUCCCCGUUUGGUGUGUGCAACGCGCUGGCUGGAGAGGGCGAGAGCCCGCGCGGUGGCGGGGCGGGGUGCUAGGGGCUGCACAGGCGAGAGGAGGCAGCAGCCGCAGCUGGAGAGGGGAGGCGAAGAGACGGCCGCACCGGCCGGGGAGAUGCUGCUGCUGCUGCUUUGGGAGCCCCGGGUGACGGUUUAGGCUGGUCGGGGGGUGCAAGCUCCUAGGACGGGAGGAGAGAGCUGGCAGAUGUCCCAAGCGAGGGAACCUCUUCCCCCGGGGCCUGACGGGCCGGCGCCUGCAGCUCCGACUGAACGCAGCCUUCUGGUCUCGCUGCCUCGCGAAAAAUGUGACAAAGUGAAUACAGCUGCAGGAGAGAGAGACAUAACACCACCUUCCAAUAACCAAAGCAUACAACCAGAGAUACAAGACCAGUCCGUCUGGGGAAAUCGCACUGAUGGUGACCUCAUCAGAACACAACCUCAACGCUUUCCUCAGCCAAAUACUUCAGCAUUGGAAAAGAGCGAGGAAGAAACUGGCAAGAUACAGAAUGGUCAUGCAGGUCUGAGUAAUGGAAAUGGAAUUCACAACGGGGUCAAACAUGUAGCUACAGAUAACAGAAAAUGUUCAGUUCCUGUUUCACAAAAAAUGCACAGAAAAAUUCAGUCCAGCUUGUCCGUCAACAGUGAUAGCAGCAAGAAAAGUAAAAUAAGCUCUGCAUAUUCUCAAAAACCUGGCUCUUCUCCUGAAGAUUGCUGUGUUCACUGUAUCCUGGCUUGCUUGUUUUGUGAGUUUCUCACCCUCUGUAAUAUUGUUCUGGGACAAGCUUCCUGUGGCAUCUGUACAUCGGAGACCUGCUGUUGUUGCUGUGGGGAUGAAAUGGGGGAUGACUGUAACUGCCCAUGUGACAUGGAUUGUGGCAUAAUGGACACUUGUUGCGAAUCAUCAGACUGCUUGGAAAUCUGUAUGGAAUGCUGUGGGAUUUGUUUCCCAACAUGAAAUAUUUGUAUCUCUUUUUUUUUUAAAUUCUGUUUAAAAACUGGAGAGCUUUUUAAAAUACUUUUGAAGAUAAAUAAGGUAAGAGUCUCACACAGUAACCUAGUAUUUGCACUGUUAACUUGCUGUGUUUAAAGAUUCUUUAGAGAAAACAAAAAACCUGUACGCUAACAAAUGUUUCAUGGUUUAGUAUGUGAAAUUCUGGUUACUUUCCAACCCUCUUUUGGCUUUGCAAAUGGGACAGUUGGCUGCAAUCAACUUAAAGGCCUGAUGCAACAGGCCUUUCUUGGUUAAAAUAGCAAAGGUUUUGGCCAGAGAAAAGACUGCAAAGUAGCCUAAAUAUUUCCCCCUCACCUACUUUAAUGCUUAAAUGCUUUAAUUGUCUUCCAUUCCUAACACACUUUUGCAGGAAGUCUUGAAAGCAAAAUGUCUUUAUUUCAACCUUUUAUGGUUUGAAGUAACCCUGGCCUAUUAUAUUUUAAAGUGAAUUUAAAAUAUGCAAUGGGAAUCUACAAUUGGUCUUGGUGCAGUGGUCACAUUGAAAUGUUUCUUCUCUUUUGAAAUAUUCCAUUGGUUUGAGAGAGAUUCCCUGUACUUAUAAGGGUGAAUACUGGUAAUAGGUGAAAUUCCAGGCAUAUUAAGUCAGUGAGAGUUUUGUCAUUGACUUUAAAAGGGUCAGGAUUUCACCCACUGUCUUCCAAACCAGAAGAAACUUUUUAUAUGGGACCUGUAGUUCCCUUCAGUAUUAAUGUUACUUGAAAUGAUCAAUUUUAGAACAAGGUUUUGAAAGCCUAGGUAAACAUGAAACAUACCAUUUCUCAGUUGGACUAGAUAGUCAAAAUCACUCUAGUUUUUUAAAGGAAUAUCAUCAAAAAUAAUUUCAGAUUCUAAACCAACCAGUUUUUGUGGCUUUACAACCAUAUUUCCUAAUUUAAUUUUCUCCCCCCUCCUCUGCCACCCACUUCCUCUGCUGUAGGAAAGACCACACAAAUAGGGGGAAUGAGCAGUCAGAGAAAAUAGUGAAACCAACUAGGCGGGAAGUACUAUCAUUUGCAGAAAGUAAACUUAUGAAAUAUCUUAUUCUCAAAUAUUGGUUCUUUUAAGUGUUACUUAUAAACAGUAUGUAAAGAAUUUUCAAAUAGUUACUUUUAAGCUAACAGUGUCUCUUUAAAACAGAAGGAACUAUAGUAAUGGCUUUUAAAAACACAUAGGAUUCAAUGGGCCAAAUUUUUCUCUUAAUUACACCAUGUAAAUCUAGAUUUUCUCAGUAUAAUUGAGAACAGAUUCUGGCCCAAUUUGAUUACACAAUUUCCAGAUUUUGGGAAAUAAUGGUGCCCAUUUACCUUACCAUCUGCUAGUUCCUCCCCUCAAUACCUCUGCCUCAUUUGUUCUGUUAUGUAAACUACCUGUACGUCUUGAUCUCACAUGUUUAACUUUGCUAUCUAGACUCCAUAUUUCCUGUUUGUAGUUUGUUGGUCCUAGUUGAUUUAGGUCUCACUACAACAGUCCUUGAUGGGUAAUAUCACAUUUCCUUAAAGUGAAUUGACCCUAAAACAGUUCUUUUCAAUUUAUGCAAAUGUGACAAACCUGAAAGAGCAUGGAAAUGUGAAAUUCGCUGUCAACACAUUGUUCUUACCUAGGGCCUGGUUCUGCGAACACUGACUAGUAGUGCUUACUAUUGUGAGUUCUCCCCACAGGGGGUAGGGAGAGAGAGCUCAGUGGUUUGAGCAUUGGCCUGCUAAACCCAGGGUUGUGAGUUCAGUCCUUCAGGGGGCCAUUUGGGGAUUUAAUUGGGAAUUGGUCCUGCUUUGAAGAGGGGGUUGGACUAGAUGAUCUUCUGAGGUCCCUUCCAACCCUAAUAAUCUAUGAUUCUAUGGAAAAUGAUAACCUUAAAAUAGCUGUAUCUUUCACAAUUCUGUUGAACCAGGGAGGUGUUUCCUUCUGCCUUGACCUCUCCAGGAUUGUGGUAUAUUCCAGUUCAAUGCAAAUUUAUUCAGCAGGUAUCUUUAUCCAUUUUUGACAGUAACUACAGUAACUAUUCCCAUCUGUUUUUGCUGCAUAGAUAAAUCCAGAUUCUGAUCUCACAUUAAGGUGAACCAGGUGUUUCUCCACUGUCAGCAUUUUCCAGUGGUGUAACUUCAUUAAGGAAGUGCUCAGCUAUUAUGGUAAUGGACACUAUACUAAAAAACUAUAUAGUUAAAUUGAUAAAAUCACUGAGCUUAGAAUCAGGCCUAUGGGGCUUAUUUAUGACUCCUUAGAGUGUGAACCACACUGGGACGGGGGGAAGAGGCAUGCUGGCUGAGUGGCAGUGCCUGGAGGUGUUUUGCCUUUGUAAGAUAUAACGCCUCUGGGGAAACUGGGGGCAUCACAGUGAGCAGUGGGACUUGCUGCACCUUCCCCCAGCACAACGUUGGUGGAUGUCACCACAGUGGUGUUGGGGAAAUGUUCUCUGGGACCACAUUCCACUGAAGACUGUGUUAGCUGUCCCGUCCCGUGUUGCUUAGCAGAGCCAAAUAAGCUAUGGCUGUCCCUUGUUUUGAAUGCGCUUGUGAGUCAGGGGAGAAGGGCUUCCUAUGUCUUCUCCUUGUGCCAGAGGAGUCACAUUUUGGUUUAUAGGUUUCUGGAAAACUGAACAUCUGCAUUAUUAAGCUUUUAGUAAAUAUUAAAUUUUAAGAAUUGUUUAGUAUUGCUCUUGAAAAUAAAUUACUAUGCCACAGGCUGCUAUAGAUGGGCAAACAAUUAUGGUCUAUGCAAACUACUUUUUCAUAGUUUAAGGUUUGUUUGUUCACUUAAAUUGUUAUACACACAAAUGUUUCUGCUUGUAGGAUACUUUACUUUUCAUUCUUUUUUCUGAAGAGUAUAGUUCCCAUAUUGUUAAACCAAAACCAAGAAGAGCUCUGUUUAUAAUUUAUAUAUAAUCAGAAUCUGGAUAUUUAUAUAUACCUAAUUUUAAUACUUCUCUUGUGCCCACUUGAUUUGUGAAAUAUUGGGAAGUGGAAAUACUGGCAGGUUAUAGGACAUAUAAAGCCUGCCAAUGACUUGGAACUAUCAUCAGAUUAUUGCAGAUUUAAUUCUGAAAAUUUUAACUGUAUGAUUUAACAUUUAAAUCUAUUCUGCUACUCUGUCAUAGAAAUAUUAGCACUUUUGUAAUAUUUAUCUCUGCAGCAGAGAAUAUUAGUGAGUAGUUUAAAUAACUUCUUUUUUAUAUUUAUAUUCUUAAAAUUCUCUUUUGUUAUGUCCGCUCUGUAGGCAUUCUUAUGAGCAUCUUGUGUAAUAAAAACAAGCAGAACUAAAAGUAGACAAUGUGAAAAUGUAGUUUAAAUAAAAAAUCAGUACUUGUCAAGUUUGUAAAAUUUCUGGUGGACAUUCACAGUGUUUCAGUUUUAUAGUUUAUAAUUCUGCAAACUGGCCCUGUUUUUUACAAAUUGGUAAGUUACUAUUUGUAUUUUAUAUUAACUGGAUCUGUGUAAUUGUGAAACACUAUUUUGAAAUAAAAGAACUUUAUUUUAAAA